AUGACUAAGGUUAGCGUUUUACCCUUUCCUAGAAACGAAAAGACACCGCAGUGCUGCUCUUCUCUCUGCUCCCGCUCCCACUCGUGCUCCUGCUCGCCUUCGCCUCGGCGUGGUCCAGCCGCGGUCCCUUCACCUACGUCGGGUCCCAGCAGCCCAGCCCAGGAGCCGCGUUCUUCCAUCAUGCAGUCCCAGGAGCCUGAGGCGGCGCGUGGCCGGCAAAGGGAAGGCCAACAGAGCCGAGCGGCAAAGGUGGUGGCGGUGGCGCUGGAGGGGCGCGGUGCUGAGUCUCUGCGCGAAGCCGAAGCGCCGACCUGCCCUUCCCCUCCCGCCUCUGAGCGGAGGGCGCGUUCCGCCGCGCACACGCAGAAGGCUGUGACCGAGGCCGCGCCUGUGCCCGUGCACGAACGAUCUCCCAUGGCCUCGGCCUCGGCCUCGGCGCGAGCGCGAAGGGAGCCGCGUGAGGCCAGGGCCCAGUCCCGGCAGAGAAAGCGUCAGCGGCGCAGGAUGGCAGCGGCAGCGUCAGUGGCGGUGGGCGCGGACAGCCCGGGCUCAGUGGACGGGCCGGCGGGGGCCGACAAGCGCGGUCCUGCAGGCCCCGGGGGGGCGGCGGCCUCGGCCUUGGCUGCGCCCGUGAGCCCCCUGGAGCCCGCGGCCUCCGCCUCCACCUCCACCUCCUCCGCCUCCGUCGGGGGCGGGCCGAGAGAGGCAGGUGAGCCGCUGGAGCACUGCGGCGUGUGCCAGGAACUCCUGCGGCCUGAGCGGGAGCCGCGCCUGCUGCCCUGCCUGCACUCAAUGUGCCGCCAGUGCCUGUUGCUCGGGCCCUCCUCCACGCUGGGCUGCGCCACAGGCACGGCAGCCGAGCCUGCCGCCGGCAACAACGAGGGUGAAGGCGCGGUGGUGGAUUGUCCGGUCUGCAAGCACCAGUGCCUCGCCAAGGAUAUCGUGGAAAACUACUUCAUGAGAGACAGCGGCGCCAAGGCGGCCCCGGACCCCGAGGAUGCCAACCAGUGCUGCACCAGCUGUGAGGACAACGCCCCAGCCACCAGCUACUGUGUCGAGUGCUCAGAGUCCCUGUGUGAGACAUGCGUGGAGGCCCAUCAGCGGGUCAAGUACACCAAGGACCACACCAUCCGUUCCACUGACCCUGCCAAGUCCCCCGAUGGGGAGCAUACCAUCUACUGCUCAGUGCACAAGUACCAACCUCUGGCCCUGUUUUGUGAGAGCUGUGAUACCCUUACCUGCCAAGAUUGUCAGCUCAGUGCCCACAAGGACCAUCAAUACCAGUUCCUGGAGGAUGCUGUGAGAAACCAGAGGAAGCUUCUGGCCUCCCUGGUCAAGCGCUUGGGGGACAAGCACGCCACCCUGCAGAAGAACACCAAGGAAGUACAUGCCUCCAUCCGCCAGGUGACAGAAGUGCAGAAGCGGGUACAGGUGGAUGUGAAAAUGGCUAUCCUGCAGAUCAUGAAAGAACUGAACAAGAGGGGACGUGUGCUAGCCAAGGAGACCCAGAAGGUGGCGGAGGGGCAGCAGGAGCGCCUGGAGCGCCAGCACUGGGCCAUGACCAAGAUCCAGAGGCACCAGGAGCACAUCCUGCGCUUUGCCUCCUGGGCCCUGGAGAGUGAUAACAACACAGCCCUGCUGCUGUCCAAGAAGCUGAUUUACUUCCAGCUACAGCGAGCCCUCAAGAUGACUGUGGAUCCUGUGGAACCCCAGGAGGACAUGAAGUUGCAGUGGGACUUCAACGCUUGGACCAAAAGCACCCAGGCCUUUGGCAAGAUUGUUUUGGAGAGGAGUGGUCCCUGUUCCGUGGCCCCUCCCCAGACCCCUGGCAAGUCUGGAGGAGGGAAUCAGGCCAUGGACCUGCAGGAUGGCUAUGGGAGCUAUAGCCCAGAUGACUCCUGCAGUGCUGAGCCCAAUGUGUCCAGAAUGAAAAGGUCCAGAUCGGGGGAGGGGGAAGUGAGUGGCCUUAUGCCGAAGGUGCCCAGGGUAAGCUUGGAGCGCCUCAGUCUGGAUCUGGAUCUAACAGGGGAUAGGCAGCUCCCUGGCUUCAAAGUCUUCCCAGCAACGACCAACAAGGACUACAACCUCAUUGUCAUUGAGAGGGGGGGCCAGCCAGGGGCCCCAGGGGGACCUCCUAUGCCAUCCAUGGCCAUGGUCAAGGAGGAAGAGACAGAGGCUGCCAUCGGAGCCCCUCCAGGGGUGGAGGGGCUGGAGAGAAAACCACUGCGGCUGCCUCCCCUGGAGGCCUCAGGGCCUGAGGGCCCCCAUCUAGCUUUCCCCAGCAGCAGCACCAUCUCUGGCCUGGAAGUGCUGGGAGGCCCUGAUGCAUCAGCAGCCACCACUGCUGCCACCAUGGCCACUGGUGGCCCUGGAGCCCUGGAUGACAGCGCCACUAUCUGCCGUGUCUGCCAGAAGCCAGGGGACCUGGUGAUGUGUAGCCGGUGUGAAUUCUGCUUCCAUUUGGAGUGUCACCUGCCAACCCUGCAGGAGGUACCUGAGGAGGAGUGGAGCUGCUCCCUGUGCCAGGAGGUGGUGGAUUGUAAAGAUGAAGUCCCUUUUCCUGGCCCUGAGAGUGCGGCCUUGACCCCCAGUGGGAACCCCUGCCCUACCAAGCUCUCACCUACUGAUCAGCAGAAGUGUGAGCGUGUGCUGUUGGCCUUGCUGUGCCAUGAGCCGUGUCGUCCUCUGCACCACCUGGCCAUGGACCCCAUGCCCUCUGCAGAUAAGCCAGGCAUCCUGGACCUCACUCUGAUCCGCGCACGCCUCCAGGAGAAACUGUCACCCCUGUAUAGCUCCCCACAGGAGUUUGCCCAGGACGUGGGAUGCAUGUUCAAGCAAUUCAACAAAAUCGUGGAGGACAAAGCCGAGGUCCAGACAAUCAUUGGCCUUCAACGCUUCUUUGAGACUCGCAUGAAUGAGGCUUUUGGAGACACCAAGUUUUCAGCUAUUCUGGUGGAGCCCUUCCCUUCCCCUAUCUGA